CUGAAAGAGGAGAGAUCAAUGUGGGCUGUUGCAGUUGGAGAAGAUUGCAUGGAAGAAGUAGGAUUUGAGCUGGGUCCAGAAGGAUGAGUAGGAUUUGGAAAGUUGUAAAGCAAAUUUGAGAAAUUAUGGAAACCAGUGAUGAAAUUGCAAUUGUGGGAAUAGGUUGCAAUUUUCCAGGAGGAGAAGGAAUUGACAACUUCUGGCAAGUGCUUGUGGAAGGCCGAAACUGUACAACAAAGAUAUCAAAUGAAAGGUUUCAUGUUGACGAAUGGUAUGACCCAGAUGAGCACAAACCUGGUAAAAGCAUGACAAGACGAGCUGCUCUUACUGAAGGGUUUAAUGAAUUUGACAACAAACUGUUUGGAAUCAGUGACUCAGAAGCUGAGCGUCUGGACCCCCAGCAAAAAGUACUCUUGGAAUGUGCUUACAGAGCUCUAGAGAGUGCUGGAAUCCCUACUGAUGAAGUGUCUGGCUCCAGGAUUGGGGUUUUCAUUGGUCUUAUGAAUCGAGAUUAUGAGUGCAUGAGCUCCAAAAUCCCCAUAUCUUUGAACCAUUACAAUGUCACUGGAUCUGCAAUGAGCCUAGCGGCUAACAGGAUUUCAUAUGCAUUUAAUCUAACUGGACCAUCAAUUGCAUUAGAUACAGCUUGCUCAGCGUCUCUCGUUGCAUUGCAUUAUGCAUUCCUUUCCAUUAAACAAGGAGACUGUGAAGCAGCUCUCUGUGGUGGAGUGAGUUACAUUUUAGAUCCUCAUGUUAAUGUAAUGCUGAGUAAAGCCAAGAUGAUGGCUUCAGAUGGAAUGAGUAAACCCUUUUCUAUGAGAGCAGAUGGUUAUGGCAGAGGUGAAGGCUGUGGAAUUGUCUUACUUAAGCCACUAAAGAAGGCAAAAGAAGAUUGCAACAAAAUCUGGGGUGUUAUUAGCUUCAGCGCAGUGAAUCAGGAUGGACGAGCAGUAACUCCCAUCACCAGACCCUCUCAGAAGCAACAGGAGAAACUCUUAGAGAGCAUUUAUUCAACUCACAUCAGCCCAUCAGAUGUGCAGUAUGUUGAAGUUCACGGCACAGGAACACCCUCUGGAGACCCCAUUGAAGCAGAGAGCUUGGGCAACAUUGUUGGUAGAAGAAGAUCCAGUAAUGUACCUCCUCUGAAGAUUGGUUCAGUGAAAGGCAACAUUGGUCAUACUGAGUCAGCCGCUGGAAUAGCAGGCCUAAUUAAAGUCCUUCUCAUGAUGAAACAUGAAAAGAUUGUCCCAUCUCUCCACUAUUCAGAGAGUGAGAGUAGCAUAAACACAGAAAAGUUAAAUCUCUCCAUUCCAACAGAAGUAGAAAAAUGGGAAGAGUCCACAGAAUUUGGUAGAGUAGCUGGUAUAAGCAGUUUUGGAUUUGGGGGAACCAAUGCUCAUAUUGUUGUCAGACAGUUUAAGCAGCAGCCUCAGAGGAUACCUCUUAAAAGGCCCUAUGAAAUAUUUCUAUUUUCUGCAGCAUCCAGUAAAUCCCUCAAGCUCACAAUGGAAGACACUGCUCAACACCUGAGCCAAAGAAACCGAGAAUCAUUGGAGAAUCUGGCCUAUACAUCGGUGUGUAGAAGGAACCAUGCCAAUCACAUAUACAGAAAAGCAUUUGUGACCACCUCCCUAGGGAAUUUGCAACAAAGGCUUAAUUCAGCAGCUAAUGCACAAAUACCUCAUACCAAGGGGACUCCUCAAUUAAUAUUUGUGUUCUGCGGUAAUGGGGCACAUUACAAGGGGAUGGGCAAGGUCUUGCUCAACUCUGAGCCAGUGUUCAAAGAAAAGUGCCAAGAAAUUGCUAAUUUGUUUCUUCAAUUUGAACCCACCAGGUUCCUGGAUUUAAUAGAAAAAGAAUUUAAUGAUUUUUCAAGGCCUGACAUAGCCCAGCCUCUCCUUUUCAUAAUUCAGGUGGCUUUAGCAUCCCUCCUGAAAUUCUGGGGCAUCAAACCUGCUGCUGUCCUAGGUUCAUCAAUCGGGGAAGUAGCUGCUGCCCACUGCGCUGGAUUUCUUUCCCUUAAAGACGCCGUGAAGGUCAUUCAUUACAGGAGUAUGUUUCAGACAAAGGUGGUUGGAGGGGAAAUGUUGGUAGUUGGAAACAUCCCUGUGGAAGAAAUCUCAAAAGCCCUAGACCCUCACUCUGGAAAGGUGUGCAUCGCAUCCUUCAAUAGUCCCCGUUGUUGUACUUUGUCUGGAGAUGCAGAUUCUAUGAGUGCCAUUUAUGAAGAACUGGCUCAGCAAUUCGGGAAAAGAAACAUAUUUCUAUAUAUCUUACCCGUUCCAGCUGCUUAUCACAGUUACAUGAUGGAUCCAAUAGUCAAGGACGUUACAGAAACUAUAGGCAAUCUGGCGAAGCAGGAGCCAGAAGCAGAAAUGUUUUCAACAGUAACGGGAAGGGCAAGUUCGGAGAAAGACUUAACUACAGGCAAAUAUUGGGCCAGGAAUGUUCGAGCGCCAGUUGUUUUCACAGAAGCCGUCAAAGCUUCAUCUCAAGGAAAGAAAAACGUAGUAUUUGUUGAAAUAGCUCCGAAGCCAUAUUUCAGAAGAACCAUCAAGGAAACUUUAGGAGAACAAACACUUGUUCUUCCUUCCCUACAAAGGGAGAAAAAUUAUGAGACCCUUUUUGCUCUGGUAGAAAAUCUUUUUGAAUUGGGAUAUGAUCUCAACUGGUCACACUUCUAUAAUGGGUUGAAAGCAAUUCCAACAGACUACCCUAGAUAUCAGUUUGAUCAUCAGAAUCUCAAGGAAUACCUGCAAAGUCUUCAGCAACAUCCCAACACUGCCAGUAGCAGUCAUCCUCUCAUUAGCAAUGCAAAUAAUGGCUCAGAAUUCAUCUGCGUGAUAUCCCAGGAUACCACACCCUAUGUCUAUGAGCACAAAAGCAAUGGUGUGCCUUUGAUUCCCAGUGCCCUGUUUGUAGAGCUUGGCUUAGCCUCAGUAAUAAACAGCUCAAGACCCAAAAUACCUUUAAAGAGAUGUCAGAUGAGCAUCACUUUUGUAGCUCCCUGUAUGGUAAAACAAAAUUUCCUAGAUUUGAAGAUCCAAGUGGGAGUAGGGAGAACAGCAGCUGAAUUCAGAAUACUCUCUUUAUCAUCUGCAAUUUAUGCAACAGGUAGUGUUGCCAAAACGACUGAACCUUUGAAUGAAAAAAAACAUCUCUGCCUUGAGAGCAUCGUACAAAGGUGCAAAUCCGUCAUCACCAUAAAUAAAGCUUACGAAGCCCUCUCUCUUACCGGUUUUCAAUAUGGCCCUAUUUUAAAACAACUAAGUGAUAUUCUAUACUGUCAUAAGCUGAAGGAAGGUAUAACAACCAUCGCUGUAAAUGAAGAAACCAGAGGGGAAAUGUAUGACUAUCACAUCCACCCAGUGCUAUUAGACUGUUUCUUGCAAAUGACAGCUGUGAUGGCCACCAAAAGCAUAGAAACUGAAGGAAAGCCUGGAUUUCCAACUGCCAUUGGCAGCCUGACAGUCUUUGGAACCCUGGAAGAGGAAAUGCAGAUAUAUGUAAAAACCAGCAAGUCCACUGAGAGCUAUGUCGAAGCGUGUGGAUGCUUCACAAAUAAACACGGCCAAGUUUUGGCAGAACUGAAGAAUGUGGGGUUCAAGUUUGUGACACAAACGGCCAGCAACGAUAAUGUCUUUCUAGAAAAUGAAUGGACAGAAAUCUCUCCCAUCCCAGCAACCAGGAAUUUAGAAGAACCACAGAAGUUCAUAGUGUUUGCUGACCAAUUUGGAGUAGCUAAUUCACUAAAAACGUAUUUACAUAACAAGUCCAAGUAUGUUAUGUUUGAAGACUGGGAAAAAACUCUAAAUUCAGAAAGCACAGGUGACAUGAUGAGAAAGGAGAUCAUGGGUUUCCAUGAUGUGUUAUUCAUGUGGGGCAUACAAAAAUUAAGUGAGGAAACAUCAGCAAUGCUCAUCACACAACACUUGGCAAAGUGUUGUGAGGCAUUUCGUCAAGUUAUCUUGGCCUUGAGAGAACAAAACUAUCCUUGUUCGGUGACCGUUGUCACUUACAAAGCAACAUCAAGAAACGUGAAUCACAUUAAUCCUGGAUAUGUUCUGCCCGGUAUGGUAAGAAGCUGUGUUAUGGAAGUUCCAGAGAUUACAUUUAAGAUGAUAGAUAUCAGUUUUAUAAGUACACAGGACAUAGCAAGCUUAGCACAAGCUAUCAUUAACUAUAAAGGGGAAGAUUAUCCUGAACUCUGGAUUGAUCAAGGGAGAGUUUAUACUACUGAAGUCAAAAUUACUCCUUUUCAUGACCCUGAUGAUGUCCCAUCUUCAAAGCACCUUCAGAACUCUGAAAUGUUUUCUUUAUACACAGCAGAUCCAUAUAAGGCAACAGAUCUGUCUGCCCAAUUAUCAGACCACAGGGUUACUUACCUUGAAAGCCACACUGUGGAAGUUCAGGUAGAAAAAAUAUGCAUCCAUUCAGAAGACUAUUUUCCUGUUAGCACCUCUAGUUCAACCUUUGGAAACACUCUGUAUUGGACUGAGCACACUGUGGAAAAACAUAAAUUGCUAGCCCUGGACUUCAGCGGUACAGUAACCAAUACAGGCAAAGGAGUGAAAGAAGUGAAGGUUGGAGAUCACAUUGCCACAUGCUUCCCUGUUGCUGCAUCAUCAAAGGUCUUCAUUCCUGAGUCUGUCUGUCUUGACACGAAAAAAUGCACAGCUCUUAGAAGUGCCCCUUGUGUGUCAUACUUUGUAAUAGCUUGGAAAAUUCUUACUCAGGUAUUAUUUUCAGAUACAAAGUCUCUCACUUCCCUUGCUGUCAUCUCCAUGGAACUGAGUCUAUUCUAAGCAAAGUGC